CUCGGGUGCCGAGAGUUGUUUACUUUCUUUUAUCUAGUGCAAAGAAGUGAAGUUUUAACUGCUUUUGGGUGGAGACGCCACGCCAGACAGGAAGAUCCGGUUUCUUCUUGCGUAAAAGUAAAAAAAAAAAAAAUGGCAGCUCGGCAUCGUGGCCUAGUGUGCCUGCUGCUAGCUCUGCUGAGUGUCGGAGUAUGGACACAGGAAGCAGAGCAAGAAAGCCAGGAUAAAGCAGAGGAUCUGGGGGAUUUGAGCACAGAAGAACGCGAUGGGGAAGAUGAAGAAGCAGCUGAUGAGGGAGCACAGGAUCUAGAAGAAGAAGAAGAAGAAGAAGAAGAAGGGGAUGAGAACAAUGAGGAAGAAUCUAUAGAGGAUGAUACUCCUGAGGAAGAAGAUACCACCGAGGAGGGUGAGACUGAGGAGGAGGAGGACGAUGUCGAGGAGGAAGAGGAUGAGGUUGAAGCUGCUACGGAAGACGAGGUUGAAGGAGAUGAAGAUGCAGAGGAGAAUGAUGCUGAGGAUGCGGAGGACGAUGACACCGAGGAUGAAGAGGCUGUAGGUGAUGGGGAGGAGGAUCAGGAAGAGGAAGACGCUUUGUCUGAUGACGCAGACGACGACGAGGAGGAUGAUGAUGAAGCAGAGGACACGGAUAACGAGGAAGAUACUGCAACUGAAGAGGAUGAUGAGGACCAGGACUCCUCACCAGGUGAAGAUGAGGAAAAAGCAGAAGAGCACACAGGUGAUGAUGAAAAAGCUGAGGCAGAGACCACAUCUGCAUCACAAUAUCACGGAGGAUCCCUGUGUAGCCUGUGCUCCAUCUGUGAGCACUGCAAUAGUUGCGAUCAAUGCCCAUGUGAGGAAGGAGACUCAUCAGUCCAUUGCCAGUAUUGUGAACAAUGCUCGUACUGCUACGCAUGUCCUGUGAUCUGUGAGACCAUCUGUGAGCCAGGUGGCUUUAUUGACGUGAUGUCUGGAACAGUCUAUCAAACCAUUGCCUCAUAUCUCUGAGGAAAUUUCACCUCACAUCCUAUGCCAUCCUGUAGUGGACAGCAGAAGUAAAGCUCAGCAGCUGAGUGAUGCUGAAAGGAAAAAUAGCAUCACUAGCAUAAGUGACCUUUUAUAUGACCUUUUAUAUAGAGGCAUGGUGGAGAUAUUUAAAGCAGAUAUUUUAAAUGUUAUCCUUUUGUUUGCUUGUUUACAUAAAUACUUUUAUCAAGAAUUACAGUCAUAAAAUACAGUCUACCGUUUCAUUUCAGUUGCAUUAGAUUGUUUGGUUAUAAAAAAGUCAUAUUAAGUUUU